AUGCUAUUCCGGCCGCUUGCAUUAACCAUACCGCACAUCGCCUAUGCCUGCCUCGGAGGUUUCGUCGUUGUGUUUGGUAUGUUCUCUUUGUUCAUUCGAGAAAAGCUUUACAUUGGCGAGGCAUGCUGGGCUUUUCUCUUCGGCGUCAUCAUCGGUCCUUACGGUGCCGGCAUAUUUGAUCCCCGCAGCUGGGGGGGUGACACUACCGAGGAUACCGUGAAUAAAAUUACACUCGAGUUCACUCGCGUUGUCCUCGCAAUCGGAGUCUUCGCAAUUGGCGUCGAGCUUCCAAAAGCUUACAUGAAGCGUCACUGGAAAAGUUUGCUAUACCUUCUAUUUCCUGUCAUGACAUGGGGCUGGUUUGUGUCGGCAGGCUUGAUUUAUGCUUUGAUACCUGACCUCACAUUCUUGUCAAGCCUUGCUGUCGCUGCAUGCUUGACCCCGACUGAUCCGAUCCUUGCUGCUGCAGUUGUCGGUGGCAAAUAUGCCGAUAAACACGUUCCUGCUCAUCUUCGCCAUCUCCUCGCAGCAGAAAGCGGUUGCAACGAUGGAGCAGCGUAUCCCUUCCUUUAUAUCGCAUUGUAUCUCAUAUUGGACUCCACUACCAGUCGUGCAGUUGAAGAUUGGUUCCUUCUACUCUGGCUCUAUCAAGUCAUCCUAGGUGUGGUGGUGGGCGCCUUGAUAGGAUGGGGCUUCCGGCACCUUAUGAAAUUCUGCCAGCGCAAUGACUUCGUCGAUCGGCAGUCCUACGUUGCACAGUACAUAUCCCUGGCUUUACUCACCAUCGGUAUCAUGACUAUCCUAGGUUCUGAUGAUCUCCUGGCAGCAUUCUGUUGCGGAACGGCAUUUGCUUGGGACGGUUUCUUCAAUCGCCAGACAGAGGAAUCAGUGUUCAGUUCCGUUAUCGACUUACUAUUCAAUGUCGCUGCCUUCGUUUAUGUCGGUGCCUGGAUGCCGUUUGACAGUUUCAACAACGAGACCCUCUCACUCAGUGUGUGGAGGCUCAUCGUCAUUGCCAUUUUAGUGUUGAUAUUAAAAAGGUUGCCGGUUAUGAUUGCGCUCUACAAAUUCAUACCCGACGUAAAGACUUUCCGGGAAGCCGUUUUCAGUGGCCAUUUCGGGCCCAUAGGCAUUGGCGCUAUAUAUAUUUCCACACUAGCAGCCCGACAGCUACCAAAACCCAACAACCCUCCAACCAACCAAACUGAAUUCUUGGCACUUACCAUUCAACCCAUCGUUGCAUUCAUGGUACUUUGCAGCGUCGCUAUUCAUGGUCUGUCCAUCCCAUUCUCACUCCUAGGCCGCCGUGUGCAUUCAGUUGGGUCUCGUACGUGGUCCCGUCAUGCCUCAUCCAACGUACCCGAUUGGGCAACGCAUACGCGGCACGUUACACGUGCGGAAGACGUCAUCAUUAACCGUGACCCUGCUGGACUCGAGCGUGGUGAGGGCGGACUGACGGAAGAGGAGAAGUCUGUACUGGAGAGCAAGCGCGCAAGUACGAUCACUGCGUCGCCGCUAUCGCCUGAUGGGACGGAACAGGUCGGCGAGGCGAGCAGUGCGGAGACGCGUGCGGAAGCUGCGCUGGCAAAGGAUGAGGAAGAGACAAAGGAGGAGACACCACCUGAUGGAAAGGAGGCGACGGCGGAGUGGAAGGAAGGCCCGCAUAAAAUUAUUGAGCGACGAGGUGGUCCUGGUGAAGAGUCAAAAGCCCAGGAAGUUUUCCAAGUCGGUGGAUCAAGUGAUGAAAACACGAGCGCAUGUGCUGAAGGUGAUGAAGACGAAGAAGGAUGGACGUCAGACAAAAGCGGAGAUGGCGACGGGCCUGCGUACCCGUUAGGGGAGCUGCCUGGCGAUCACAAGAAGCGUCCGAAAUCAUGGAAAACGAAGAGCGGGACCCAUUCUGCAGCUGCCAGAAAUGCAAGAAGUCAUCGACGAAGACAAUCAACGGGAGAUGGCGGAACGUUCUCGAGCCAUGCUAAGCAGCUUCUGGAGCAGGACCCGGCGUCCGCCUUUACGACUGAGCCAAGUGAGAUGGCACCAUUUGAAGAUGAGGACCAGCGUGGGAGAAGCCACACACCUCACCGCCAGGGAUCAGGGCACACUUACCGUCACUCCAUCCAGCACCGACGGUUGGAGUCUCUGAAGACCAGCGAACAUAACUCCCGUGAUGUCUCGCCUACUCGGUCGGUCCGGUUCGUCGACGAAGAGCCUCGGACUGGUGCCACGACUCCUAGGAUGACACUUGAACAGGCGCCCCAGGGCAGUUCUAGCGAACCGUCUACCACUGAUGGCUUGGAGUCGAGAGGGAAAGUCACAUUCGGCUUCACUCAGGCAAGACGCCCAUCUGAAGAUUAA